CCAAAAGUGGAAUUGGAUUUUUGGAAAAGCAGAUGUGAUGAUCUUCAGUGCAUUUAUAACCAACUGAAAUCUGAGAAGGUUUCAGCCAUGAUGGAACUGCUGGACAGAGUGCAGAGCACUUACUACCCAGCAUUCAAGUCCAUGUUUAGAGAUGUAGAAGCAGCUUUGGUUGAGGCUGAAGAUAUAAACAUGCAUCUAAAGCCAAUUCAGCGCCCUUUAGAAGAAAUAGAGAGUGUGGAAUUUAAUGAAGUGAAGCCAUUGCUAAACCGUGUGCUUCAUAUGGUGUGUUUUAUAUGGGCCUCAUCCAAAUAUUAUAGCACACCUGCAAGGAUAAUUGUGCUGCUUCAGGAAAUCUGCAGUCUCAUUAUCCAGCAGGCCAGAAAUUACCUCAACUCAGAAGAUCUGCUUAAAGGAGAACCUGAAGAAAGUCUGGACAAAGUAGAGGAAGCUUUUGAUAUUUUCAACUAUUUCAAGCAGAUGUUUGAAGAAAGAAGAGAAAAUCUAAACACUUAUUUUCAGCCAGGUCAGGAGGUGAAAAAGUGGGAUUUCCCUUCCGUAAUGGUUUUUUCACAACUGGAUAACUUUCUGGAAAGGCUCCAUGUGGUAGAAGAUCUUCUGGCAACUGUUUUGGACAUAGACAAGCUGGAGAAGCUGGAAUUCAGUGGUAUAAAAGGAAAAUCUCUGAGCCAGCAGGUUCUGAGCAUGCAUGAGGAGUUUGAAGAGGUGUAUAAAGUAUUUUCAGAAAGUACUUAUGAUUGCCUGGAUGUAGCCAACAUGGAAUUUGAAAAAGAUGUGUAUAAAUUUAAGGGGAAAAUAGAAGACAUGGACCGGAGGCUUGGGGCCAUUUUUGGUCAGGCUUUUGAUGAUGUACCUAGUGUGGAGCAUGCAUUCAAGUUGGUAGAUAUAUUUGGGAGUUUACUGGAACGACCACUAAUAGCAGCAGAAGUCAACAACAGAUAUCAUCUGCUCAUCACAAUGUUCAACAGAGACCUAGAUGAUGCUAAACUAAUCUACCUAAAACAUAUCCAGGAGAAGAUACAGCUAGGUUAUCCACCAGUACACAAGAAUAUGCCAUUGGUUGCUGGAGGAAUUCGUUGGGCUCAGGAACUAAGAGACAGGAUCCAGAUUCCAUUUGGUAACUUUAAACACCUCACCCACCUGUGCUUGGAUUCUGCAGAAGGCAAAAAAAUGAUGCAAAAGUAUGAAGAUCUGAUACAAUUGCUUGAGAAAUACCAAGAGAAGCUUUAUAUGGAGUGGUUACAGACUGUGUCUGAAAAAUCGCAGUAUAAUCUCACUCAACCGCUUAUCCUACGAGACUCAGAGAGCAAACAGAUUACAGUCAAUUUUAACCCUCAGCUGGUGUCAGUUCUAAGAGAAGUGAGUUACCUUGGGACAUAUCAGUUUGGAAGUAUCCCAGAGACAGCAGCAGAGAUCUAUGCUUCGAGGGAGUCAUUCCGUCAGCAGGUAGUCAACCUGGAAUUGAUGGCAACUUGGUACAACAAGAUAUUGUGCACAGUCUUGGAGGUAGAAUAUCCCCUUGUGCAGAGUCAGCUGCAAGAAAUUGAUAUUCAUCUAAAAGAAGCAGAAAAGACAUUAACCUGGAAAACAGCAGGCCUUUGGGAUCGCAUCUCACAUGUAGUUGACAGCAUUCAAGAUCUUGAGCAAAGAAUCCAGAAGACAAAAGACAAUAUUGAGGAAAUUCAAAACAUCAUGAAAUCUUGGGUUUUCCCAGUUUUUGAAAGAAAAGAUGGGAAAAAAGAAUCUUUGUUGAACUUAGAUGAUCAACAUGAGCGAUUGGACAGACACUACAGGCUCAUUAUAGACUCAGGACAGAAGAUUCAUUUUCUAAUCAAGGAAAACUUGAGUCUCUUUGCAGCGGAUUCAAAUUCAGAUGUUUGGAAAGCAUAUUUGGAACAUGUGGAUGAGCUUGUCCUGGAUGGAUUCUUUCAUGUCAUUGAAUGUUCACUUAAGUACCUAUUGGAAAACACAGAUUCCAAGGCAGGCCUUGCUCCUCUCUUCAAAGUGCAGUUGGACUUGUCUGUUCCUGAGAUGAUAUUCCACCCUUCCAUGGAUGCUGGCACCAGCGACAGUUUCUAUGAUAUAGUUGAGGCCCUUGUCAACAAUAUAUUCCGGGUCUCUUCCCUGAUGCCUAGGCUUGCAGACCACAGUGCUUUCCCUCAUUACCAGGAUGAUAUGGAAGAAAUGGCUGAUCUUGCUGACAUGCGCCAUAUGCUUAUGGAGCGUAUCCAGAAGAUGAUGUCAGUUUGCUCUGAUUAUCGCAGUUCCUUUGACCACUACUCUUACCUCUAUGUGGAUGACAAGAAGGAGUUCAUGCGCCAGUUCCUCUUGUAUAGUCACAUUCUCACUGCAGAGGAGAUAGAGGCACAUGCUGAGGAUGGUGUCACAGAGAGCCCUCCCACACUGCAGCAAUUUAAAGAGCAAAUAGACUCAUAUGAAAAGAUCUAUGUGGAAGUGAGCCUUUUGGAGCCAAUCAGUGUAUUUGAUAGCUGGAUGAAAGUUGAUGCCCACACUUUCAAAGCCUCCCUUCUGGGCAUCAUUAAAAGGUGGAGCUUCAUGUUCAAGCAGCACCUUGUGUCUCAUGUAACUCACAGUUUGGCUGAUCUUGAAGAGUUCAUCAAAGUGACUGAGAGAGGUCUGAGCAAAAAGGUGGAGAAAGGAGAUUACGAGUGCUUGGUGGAAGUCAUGGGUCACUUGAAGGCUGUUAAAGACAGACAGACUAGCACUGAUGAAAUGUUUGAGCCCUUGAAACAAACUAUUGAAUUACUGAAGAUCUAUGAUCAAGAAUUGCCAUUGGAGGUCUAUAGGCAGCUGGAGGAGCUGCCAGAAAAAUGGAACCAUGUGAAGAAGCUGGCAAUAACUGUGAAGCAGCAUGUGGCUCCAUUGCAAGCGGAUGAGAUGACAGUUCUUCGCAAAAAGUGUGCUAUGUUUGAUGUGGAGCAGCAUAAAUUCAGAGAUAGAUUUCACAAAGAGGCACCAUUCAGGUUUGAUGCUGCAAAUCCUUACCAAAUGCUGGAUGCAGCCCACACUGAGCUUCAGGAAAUGGAAGUCACCAUGGCCUCAAUUCAUGAGUCAGCUGCAUUGUUUGAAGUCAGUGUUCCGGACUAUAAGCAGCUGAAACAGUGCAGAAAAGAGGUGUACCUUCUCAAAGAACUCUGGGAUAUGAUCUCUAUAGUGACCUCUAGUAUGAAUGACUGGGAGACUACAAAAUGGAAAGAUAUUAAUGUAGAAAAUAUGGAACUGGAAUGCAAAAAGUUUGCAAAAGACAAUCGGAACUUGGAUAAAGAAAUGAGGGCCUGGGAUGCUUUUUCCGGAUUGGACAACAAAAUAAAAAACAUUCUGACCUCUCUGAAGGCCAUCUCAGAAUUACAGAACCCUGCUAUCCGCGAGAGGCAUUGGAACCAACUGAUGCGAGCGACAGGUGUGCAGUUCACUAUGGAUGCAGACACUACUCUUGCAGACUUGUUGAAACUCAGCUUACAUAACUUUGAGGAUGAGGUUCGGAGCAUAGUGGAUAAAGCCAUUAAAGAAAUGAGCAUGGAGAAGGUGGUGAAAGAACUAAAGACAACUUGGGCUGGCAUGGAAUUCCAGUAUGAGCCUCACCAGCGCACAAAUGUUCCACUGAUGAAAUCUGAUGAGGAACUCAUUGAGACCCUUGAAGAUAACCAGGUCCAGCUUCAGAAUAUGAUGACAUCCAAGUAUAUUGCUUUCUUCCUUGAGGAAGUGUCUUUUUGGCAGAGGAAGCUAUCUACAGCAGACUCUGUAAUUUCUAUCUGGUUUGAGGUUCAGCGGACCUGGUCUCAUUUGGAAAGCAUAUUCAUUGGAUCAGAAGAUAUUCGGGCACAACUUCCUGAGGACUCCAAGCGCUUUGAGGGAAUUGAUGUUGACUUUAAGGAGUUAGCAUAUGAUGCUGUGGAGACACCAAAUGUAGUGGAGGCAACCAACAAACCUGGUCUUUAUGAGAAGCUAGAGGAUAUCCAAAACAGAUUGUCUCUGUGUGAAAAAGCUUUGGCUGAGUAUUUGGAUACUAAGCGGUUGGCCUUUCCCAGGUUUUACUUUAUUUCUUCUGCCGACUUACUAGAUAUUCUUUCAAAUGGCACCAACCCACAGUUGGUUCAGCGCCAUCUUUCAAAACUCUUUGACAAUAUGGCCAAGCUGAAAUUCCAGGUGGAUUCUGACCAAACUCCAAACAAUCUGGCCUUAGGGAUGUAUAGCAAAGAGAAGGAAUAUGUUGAUUUCAGUGAACCAUGUGCCUGCAGUGGUCAGGUGGAGAACUGGCUGAACCGUGUGCUGGACCACAUGCGAGCUACAGUGAGACAUGAGAUGACUGAGGCUAUAGUGGCUUAUGAAGAAAAGUCAAGAGAGCAGUGGCUUUUUGACUACCCUGCACAGGUAAUGAUCAGCAACAUUUGUUCCCAGAGUCAUGGGUACCAUGGACUUGACUCUUAUCCUUUCCUCCCCCUGUUUGAACAUGGAAGGUGCUAUAUCACCCUCACUCAGUCCUUGCACCUCACUAUGAGUGGAGCUCCUGCUGGGCCAGCCGGUACUGGGAAGACUGAGACCACCAAAGAUCUGGGCCGAGCUCUUGGCAUCAUGGUGUAUGUUUUCAAUUGUUCAGAGCAAAUGGAUUACAAGUCUUGCGGGAACAUUUACAAAGGCCUUUCUCAAACUGGUGCUUGGGGCUGUUUUGAUGAGUUCAACAGAAUCUCUGUAGAGGUUCUGUCAGUGGUAGCUGUACAGGUGAAAAGUAUUCAGGAUGCCAUAAGAGACAAAAAACAGAGUUUUAAUUUCCUUGGGGAAGAGAUUAAAUUGGUUCCUUCUGUUGGUAUAUUCAUUACCAUGAAUCCUGGCUAUGCAGGUCGUACAGAGCUGCCUGAGAAUUUGAAAGCUCUUUUCAGACCUUGUGCAAUGGUUGUGCCAGACUUUGAGCUGAUCUGUGAAAUCAUGCUGGUGGCAGAAGGAUUCAUAGAAGCCAGGUUGUUAGCUAGAAAGUUCAUUACCCUUUAUCAAUUAUGUAAAGAACUACUUUCAAAGCAAGAUCACUAUGACUGGGGUUUACGUGCGAUUAAGUCAGUCCUGGUUGUUGCCGGAUCCCUCAAGAGGGGAGAUCCAGACCGUCCUGAAGAUCAAGUGCUGAUGCGCUCCUUGAGGGAUUUCAAUGUUCCAAAGAUUGUGACUGAUGACAUGCCUGUGUUUAUGGGCCUGAUAGGGGACCUCUUUCCUGCUUUGGAUGUCCCCAGAAAACGAGACCUCAGUUUUGAAUCUUUUGUAAAGCAAGCCAUCCUGCAACUCAAGCUGCAACCAGAGGACAACUUUGUGCUCAAAGUGGUGCAGCUGGAAGAGCUCCUGGCAGUUCGACACUCAGUCUUUGUGGUGGGCAAUGCAGGUACAGGCAAGUCUCAGGUGCUGAAAUCUCUGAACAAAACUUACCAUACCAUGAAGCGACGGCCCGUUUGGACAGAUCUCAAUCCAAAGGCAGUUACCAAUGAUGAGCUCUUUGGCAUUAUUAACCCAGCUACAAGAGAAUGGAAAGAUGGGUUGUUCUCAUCGAUUAUGCGAGACCUAGCUAAUGUUACACACGAAGGCCCCAAAUGGAUUGUGUUGGAUGGUGAUAUUGAUCCAAUGUGGAUUGAGUCUCUGAAUACUGUUAUGGAUGAUAAUAAGGUGCUCACUCUAGCAAGCAAUGAAAGGAUCCCCCUCAAUCCCACCAUGAGGCUGCUGUUUGAGAUCAGUCACUUGCGGACUGCCACCCCAGCUACUGUUUCCAGAGCAGGGAUCCUUUAUAUCAAUCCAGCAGACCUGGGAUGGAAUCCCCCUGUGAGUAGCUGGAUAGACAGGCGAGAAAUCCAGUCAGAACGAGCUAAUCUGACCAUCUUGUUUGACAAGUAUUUGCCAGUUUGCCUGGACACCCUUAGAACCAGAUUUAAGAAGAUUAUUCCAGUUCCUGAGCAAAGCAUGGUUCAGAUGUUGUGUUACCUCCUUGAAUGCCUUCUCACCAAGGAGAAUACUCCUCCAGAUUGCCCCAAAGAGCUUUAUGAACUUUAUUUUGUUUUUGCUGCUGUCUGGGCCUUUGGUGGUGCUAUGUUUCAAGAUCAGCUUGUUGACUACAGGGUUGAAUUCAGUAAAUGGUGGGUGACCGAGUUCAAGAGCAUCAAGUUUCCUUCCCAAGGAACUGUCUUUGAUUUUUACAUUGAACCUGAAACAAAGAAGUUUGAGCCUUGGUCCAAAUUGAUCCCCAAGUUUGAAUUUGAUCCGGAAGUGCCAUUACAGGCAUGCCUGGUACAUACCAGUGAAACCAUACGAGUGCGCUAUUUUAUGGAUCAGCUCCUGGAGAGAGGCAGACCAGUCAUGCUGGUGGGAAAUGCAGGCACAGGAAAGUCUGUGGUUGUAGGUGAUAAACUGUCCUUGCUGGAUUCUGAAGAGUAUCUUGUGAAGAAUGUUCCCUUUAAUUAUUACACUACGUCUGCUAUGCUACAAGUGCUGUCACUGUAAUGGGCAUUGUAGCCACUGUUUGUUCCAAGACCUAGUUUGUUGAUUGUAGCCUGGAAUGAAUCUGUG